CGAUGGUGACAUUACGUGUGGUAUACUCACACCACGCAUUAUCUGAUCACAUUUUCCUAGUGGUACAGCUGCGAGUCUCCGGGGGGUGGACGCCGUUACUAGGUCAACAACCUGUUGGUCUUCGUCGGCGGCAUGCUGCCAGUUGUUUCGUGAGCCUUCUUUCGAAUGGUGAGCCGGUGAGUUGAGUUUAGAUCUCAGUUAGCAAUUAUUGAAAUGGAGUAUCGCGGUGCGACGGCAAAAAUUCCAUCUGAGAACAUUCUCACAAAGAAUAUUUCCAGAGUACACUUAUCAAGAACAAUGAAAUCCAGCCUCGACGAUCACCCCGAAUCAUGGGAGCAGCCGCGAAGCUUCAAAAAGAAAUUUCCAAAGAUCCUAAAGUACGACGCAGUAAGUGGCACAUUCAACCUCUCAGCGAUGCUCAAAAAUCCUACGCUGCCACUGAUGCCUAUGUAUCUUUGCUGCUUUACAACACAUUGCAAGAUAAAGCAAAUGAAAAUGCAUCAUAAGUAACAAAGGGGAAAAUUCAAGGAAUAAAUUGGUCCUAAAAUCGAUCGUCAUAAUAAUACUUUCGAGUUUUCAAGUAAGACAAACAAAUUUUUUAAUAAUAGCUAUGAGCAAUAGAAUCGUGAAGGUCCUUCGGGCUGGAAGAUUGGAUUAUGGAGUAGCCCUUAGUCUGCAGAAGAACUUAGCUGAUUUGCAUUACGGUAAUAAACAGUUAGUAAUGGAGACACAGAAUACUUUGGUCUUACUGGAGCACAAUCCGGUCUAUACCAUUGGAAUACGGAGGAACGAUUACUCUGAAGAAGAAGAAAAAAAGUUGACAAAACUUGGCGCCCAAUUUUUUAAAACUAAUCGUGGUGGGCUGAUUACUUUUCAUGGACCUGGGCAACUCGUUGCAUACCCCAUCCUGAAUCUGAAGCAAUUCGCACAAGCAAGUAUAAGAUGGUAUGUGAAUGAGAUAGAAAAAAUGAUAAUACGAUUAUGCGCGGAAUUCGGUAUCAAAGGUGAAACCUCGCCCGAUACAGGAGUAUGGGUGAAUAAUAACAAAAUUUGCGCUAUCGGAAUUCACGGAAGCCGAUACAUUACGACUCAUGGACUUGCUUUGAACUGCAACACCGAUUUGAAGUGGUUUGAGCAUAUUGUGCCUUGCGGUAUCAAGGGGAAGGGCGUCACAAGCAUAAGUAAAGAAUUAAAACAGGAUAUUACAAUUGACGAUGUAAUUCCCGUGUUGUGUAAUGCGUUCAAAGAUCAAUUCGAAUGUUCCCUGAUUGAUUAUCCGCUCAACAAAGCAUCAAAUUUACUAAGAACUGCUGUUAAUUCGACAUAUCAGUAAAUCAAAUAGAAAGUCACAUGAAUAUGCACGAAAUUGCUAUUAGGUCUCAUAAUUAUGGGAAAUAUCAAGUUGAAGCUAGCGGCCAAAAUUAACGGACAAAUAUGCUAACGUUGGGUAAAAUAAUGCAUCGAAACCUGGGAAACAGAACUAUGUCAAAUAUUAUGGAAUAGUAAUACUCUUAUAAGAUUAUAGAUAUGAAAUUUUAUAAUAUUGUAAAAUUCAAAACAAGCUGAGUGUAUUCUAGUUACUAGCCUCAGCGCCGUAUUAAAAAUAUUAUUAGAGAUCAUUUCUCAAAAAACAAAUUGUAAAUAGAUCCAAUAUGUGAUCUUAAUGGUCAAGUACCAAUCACAUGUAUUAAUAUUGGCGAAAUAAAGCAGCUUUAUCAUU